AUGACCUCCAAGGAAACUAGAAUUCCCAAAAGAAAGAAAAAAAACAGAAAACCUGAAAAUGUUGAAGAAGAAGAGCUUGAAGAAUUUGAAGUGGAGAAAGUAGUGGGCAAACGUAUAGUAGCUGGCAAGGUAGAAUAUCUCCUGAAAUGGAAGGGAUAUUCAGAUGAUGAUAAUACGUGGGAGUCAGAAGAGCAUUUAAAUUGUCCAGAUUUAAUUGAGGCUUUUCUGAAUUCUCAAGAAGCUACUAGUGAAUCUGAAGGUAGCGUAACAACAGACAAUAGCGAAGCUAGUGAUAAUCCAACGGGGUUUGCUAGGGGUCUAGAGCCUGAACGAAUAAUUGGUGCCACAGGAAGUAGUGAAGGAUUGAUGUUCCUCAUGAAGUGGAAAGAUUCGGAUAAAGCUGAUUUGGUGUUGGCAAAAGAGGCUAAUGUUAAAUGUCCUCAAAUUGUAAUUAAAUUUUAUGAACAAAGGAUAGUUUGGGAUCCUUCAUCAGAAGGUGAUGCUCAAUGA